GCGCUAUAUCUGUCUACUUCAUUUGGUCGACGACAUGUGGUUCGCGGUUUUUAUAUCCAUCGCCGUUGUGCUCCAGUUCACAUCAUUUACAAGUUCAUUUCCUGUAACAACAGAGAAGUAUGGCAUCGUAUUGGAUGCUGGGAGUUCUGGCACCCGUAUCAAGGUCUAUAAGUACACCAUUGGACGUCACUCCCCACUUGAGCCUUCAGAUGUUCAAGAGAUCAAAGUUCCCAAACCUGAUAAGAUCAGGCCAGGUAUAAGCAAAUUCGGACAGAACGUUGACAUGAUACAGGGAUACUUGAAGAAGCUGAUUGACAACUCCAAGAGAGUCGUACCAGUACAGCAACAAUCCAGCACUCCCAUCAUGCUUUUCGCUACUGCUGGAAUGCGUUUACUUCCCCUGAAUCAGAGAAUGGCUAUUCUCAGUGAGGUUGAGCGACUGUUUAAAAACAAGACCUUCUGCCCAUUUUCCUACCAGAGUGGCGACGCAAGGAUUAUCACAGGGAACGAGGAAGCGAUUUAUGGAUGGAUAACUCUCAAYUUCCUGAAGGGAAGGUUUUCUCCGAAUGUCAACAUUGGCACUGUGGGAGCUCUGGAUUUGGGUGGUGGGUCAACUCAGAAUGCUUAUCGAGU